CUUCCUUGUUCAUCAUCAUUGCACUUUCCCAGCGGCUUUCAGAGCCGUUGUCUUCGCCUCUCCAGCACCCUCCCAUCAUCUCUCCCUCCUCGAUCGCACAACAGCUCGCUGGCACCCUCGUUCCCCGUCCAAUUCGACGACCAAUAGCAGGCGAUGGAGUCGGAGGACGUCGCAGAGGGCUCAAAGCCCGCAGCUGCGGCUCCCACAGCCGCGACUGCCGCGCCGGCUUUCGCAGCUGUCCCAGCCGACAUCGAUAAUAACGCAGUUGCUGCUCCAGCAACCGUGAACACGACCACAGACAAAACCGCGCUCGCUGCCACGACCACGUCCCCCUCCUCAGACCUUCUGCAACAGCAGCCACGAGAGGAAAAGCAGCCAUCGCAGCAGCCGCAACCCCAACCCCCGUCGAGCGAGAGCACAAGUACGAGCAAUACACCAAAGCCGCCUCUUCAGCAACGGCCGAGAGUCAUGGCGCGCGACAGAUACAACCAUCAAUCGCUUGGCGCGUCUCUGAACUCGUCGGUGAAACAGGCUCGCGUUCUCAUGGUCGGCGCCGGCGGCAUCGGGUGCGAGCUGCUCAAGAACCUGGUUCUUAGCGGCUUUGGCGAAAUUCACGUCGUGGAUUUGGACACGAUUGACCUGUCCAACCUCAAUCGCCAGUUUCUUUUCCGCCAGGAGCACAUAAAGAAGUCCAAGGCCUUGGUUGCCAAGGAAGCAGCGCAAAAGUUCAAUCCCAACGCCCAGAUCGUCGCCCAUCACGCGAAUAUCAAGGACUCCGAGUUCACGGUGUCAUGGUUCCGAGCAUUCAAGAUAGUCUUCAACGCCCUCGACAAUCUCGAGGCAAGGCGACAUGUGAACAAGAUGUGCCUCGCGGCUGGUGUGCCUUUAAUCGAGAGUGGCACCACUGGCUUCAACGGCCAGGUUCAGGUGAUCAAGAAGGGCCUUACGGCCUGUUAUGACUGCAGCCCCAAGGAGACUCCAAAGACCUUCCCCGUCUGCACGAUUCGGAGCACGCCAAGUCAGCCCAUUCACUGCAUUGUUUGGGGCAAGAGCUACCUCUUGAACGAGAUAUUCGGUGCCAGCGAGGACGAGUCGGCAUUCGAUCACUCAGCUGAUGCAGACAACGCAAAAGAGAUUGCAGAGCUCAAAAAGGAGUCUGAGCAGCUCAAGAAGAUUCGAGAAGCCGUCGGGACGGACGCUUUCGCCCAGCUACUGUUCGACAAAGUCUUUGACGCCGACAUUGAGCGCCUGCGAUCUGUGGAGGAUAUGUGGAAGUCACGCCGCCGGCCUGAGCCGCUCAAGUACGAGACGCUGCUGUCUCAGGCAAGUGAUGUGCUGUCCGCAAGGGACGAAGUCCUGAAGGACGACCAGAAGGUGUGGUCGCUCGAGGAAAGCCUGGUCGUAUUCAAGGAUAGUCUGGAUCGGCUUAGCAAGCGGAUGCUGCAGCUCAAGACGGCCAAGGAACCCUCAGCGGCGGAACCCAUCAUCACAUUUGACAAAGACGACGAGGACACACUCGAUUUCGUCGCCUCUAGCGCGAACAUUCGUUCAACAAUAUUCGGCAUCGACCGCAAGUCUCGGUUUGACAUUAAGCAGAUGGCGGGAAAUAUCAUUCCGGCCAUUGCAACUACCAACGCCAUCGUGGCAGGUCUCUGCGUCCUGGAAUCCUUCAAGGUGUUGAAAGGAGACUACGGUCACUCGAAGGAGGUAUUCCUGACGCCUUUUGCUCCCGCGAGGUUGUUGGCCCCCGACAAGUCUCGAAAUCCCAAUCCCGACUGCCCGGUUUGUGGUGUUUUCAAUACGGGCAUCAUCGUUGACUUCAAUCGCGCAACGCUUAACGACGUGGUUGAGUAUAUCGUCAAAGACAAGCUCGGCUUCGGUGGGAAGGAUUUUGUCGUCAGCAAUGAAGUUGGUAUCUUGUACGACGCGGAUGAAACGGAUAACCUCCCGAAGAAGCUCUCUAAGCUUGGCGUCAAUGGCUCAAGCUUCCUGACCGUCAUGGACGAGGAUGACGAUGAGCCGUUCGUCAACGUUGUCAUUGACAUUCAGGAAGAGACCUCUGGUGAUGACGAAAAGCCGGUCAAGUCUUCGUGGACGAAUCAUCCAGACAUCCCUCGGAAAGCUAAGCAGGCUUUCCCACCGGAAGCCAACGGCACCGCUCAGAAUGGAAAGCAUUCUCUUGACGAUGUGGUUGAGAUUGAGCAAAAGGGUCUCAAGAGAGCCCAUCAGGGAGACGACAAUCAGCCAAGCAAGAAGGCCAAAACGGGCGACUCGGCGAUGGACGAUGUCGUCCUUGUCGAGGACGCCGGUGGCGCCAUCGUCAUUGACGACUAAUCAGAUGGCGCUGUGACAUAACGGAGGAUUAAUUGGGUGCUCAGGCUGCGCUCAGGCCCCCGUCGAGAUUGAGGACGCAGUUGUUUGCAUAGCCAUUUGAGGCCAGGAAGAUGGCCGCAUCGGCAACCUCCGCGGGAUCGGCAGCGCGAUGGAGAGGUAUUUUCUGAAGAUAAUCGUUGCGAAUACCCGGCUGCAGGUCUGGGAGGCAACGCAUCAGCUUGACCUGCAUGUCUUGAGGGGAUAGUUUCAUGUGAAGAAGCAUGGGGCAAGGAGCAACAACGGGCACUGUUGGGGAUGGGUACUCACUAUCCCACAUGGUACUCUCGACCCAUCCUGGUAGGAGGGCAUUGACGCGGAUAGAUUUGGCGACCAUUUCGCGGCAAAGAGCUCGCGUGAAGCCUAGAAGGCGCGAGUUAGCGAGCUGCUAUACACAUGUACAAAUAGGAUUGGAGGAUGGGAGGAUGAGGAUAGCCAUGUUGUCAUGUAG